UCAUUCGAACAAUAGUGGUGUCCAAUGAUUAUGGUACCGGUUAGUGCCGCUUCUGAGAGCAUUGUCAAGCAUUGUGGCGUCAAAACAAAUGUCACGUUUGCCUUGUAAACUAAUUUUUGGUUUACUUAUGAUUUUUUGUUUUGCUAGAAGUGUUAGUAGCCAAACUUAUAGAAAUAUGAGCAUUCUUACGGGACUUCACUCUGUAGUGUAUGUUACUGUCCCGACACAGGAAGUUGCCAAAACAUUAGCACAUGGCUUGGUGAGAAAUAAGUUAGCCGCAUGCGUUAAUAUCAUACCAUCGAUCACAUCAGUGUACGAGUGGAAGAACGAAAUUAACGAAGACAAUGAACUCUUACUGAUGAUGAAAACUAGGACCGAUACUGUAGAUUCUUUGACCAAAUAUGUAAAGGAAAACCAUCCAUAUGAAGUUUGCGAAGUAAUAUCUUUACCUAUUCAAAAUGGAAAUGAAAAAUACCUCCAAUGGAUCAGUGAAAUAGUUCCACCUAUUGAUCAGAGAUUAGGAACUGAAAAUUAAUUAUUCCUUUUCUGUUCGUGUUUGGUGAUAUUUUGAUCCAUUAUGUUAUAGCAGAAACAUAUAUUUACUAUAUAUUAAAAUAAUGCAUUUAAAAAGUGCUUUUGUGAAUAUUUCAUGAUUGUGAAAAAUUAUAUUAAACCAUUUACCAGGAAACAAA